GAUUGACUGACAACUCCCUGGUACUGUUGUGACCGAGUUAUCACUCUGUUCUACCUCUUGAUACAGUGGUCACGUCACAUCGGCUGCUUUAACUUUUGGGGAAUGGACUCCAGGGAUGGAACCAAACAUCACAAGCAAAAAUUGCGAACCAGCGAUGGUUCAUUACUCAGGGAAUUCUAGAAAAAAUUCUGUGAAAAGAUCCAGCAGAUUCCUCUCGUCGUAUCUCUCAUCUCGAGACACCCCUGAAGACGAGAAGGAGCUUCCAGUCGUCGAGGGAGGAGAGACACUACAGUUGCCAUCUCUGGAAGAUCGCUGGAUUUAUCAGGGACCCAACUUCCUCGUCGACUUCGGUACAGAAGACGAGAGAACUCAGUACGAGGUGGGACGGAAGGAUGCAAGUAGAGCUGCUGACGCGUCGCUGGGCCAUUUCUCAGGGCGCGGUCAAGGAGAUACCUUACGCAGAAUAUUUUCAGGUUCAUUUUUGUCUUCCUACUUAAACUCUCGCCGGAGCUCAGAUUCAAGCGUCGAACUCCCGAGGGAGACCACACCGCCUCUGAAAUCUUUGGAAGACCGCUGGAUUUACCAAGAGUUCAACGUCUAUGCCAGCAGGUCUAAGGACACCUUCUGUUCGAUAGAUCAACCUUCCACCAGUAAGGGUAUCACUAGGAUACACAGAAAAAACUUAACAGGACUGGUUUCAAGAAGCCGCAGCACCGAACGCUACGACGAGGAAAGUUCGGCGACGGCGAAUCACCAGCUGAAGAACAAACCGAAGUCGAAAAGGAGCGUCUAUUCCGCUUCUCUUUUGUCUUCGUUUCUGAGUUCGAAGAGCCCCGAGGGCAACCAGAACCUCCCGUCCGUCGAGGGGAAAGAGGAGGCUCCCUUCUUCGCCACCCUGGAGGACCGAUGGGUAUACCAUGGCCUCAACCUCCUGGCAGACCUGCCCGUGGCGACCAUCAGCCCCAGAAUAGCUGGAAGAACGAAUCACGGCGAUGAAUACAUCAUCCGUGACGGCACGAAAGGCAUCCUCUUCAUCGUGAUGGCGCCGAAAGACGCGCCCGUUCUGGGAAGCCGGAGACGCGACGGGCAGAAGCUGUCCUUCGGAGUGGUGACGCACUCCUUUAUCCCCUCCUUCGACAUCCACGUGUGCGAGAACUGGUCCAUCUUCAGCCGGAUUCCUUCUAUCGAAGGCGAGGUCAAGCUGGGACCAGACAUGAAGCUAGGUGACAUGGCUGGUGACAUCGACAGUGAUUUCCAUCUCAAAUCUACAGCGGGUGAAGAUAUUUGCAAUAUCAAACUGCUCGAAAUGAACUGCUGCCCUUGCGAUGACAGGUCAUACCAGGUCGUACCAGCGUCAUCGCCGAAUGACCUCGGGGGCAUUGCAUUCAAAGACAGCAAGCUCUUCGUCACUUUCCCCACAUCGCUUGACAUCCCAGGCCGAGCUUUGCUCUUGGCGUGUUCCAUCAUCAUACAAUUCCAGAUAGAAGAAGUAGCGUCAGGGUCGUACGCCCCCAUCGCUGGGGAUUAAACGGACCGGGCUGAAUGCUGACAAUGGCGAAGGUUAAGAGGACGACUGGAGGUUGGUUAAGUUCUUUAAGUCAUUAAAAAAGUAGAUAUCGUGGUUUAUUUCUUUUACCCUUUUGUGAGAAAUCUUGGUAAAACUGGUCGUAUUUUAACCGGAUGAAAAGCCUAUCGCAAUUGGUAAAAUUCUUUGGUGUUCAAGGUUGAUAGUU